AUGAUCAUUUUGCUAACUGGUAGCUCUGAUUUUCUUAUUCAAAAAUUGAUUGUGGCAUUAAGUAAGGAGUUUGCUAUGAAGGACUUAGGAAAUGUUCAUUAUUUUCUGGGAAUUGAAGCUUCUAGAACUGAUAAUGCUAUUGUUCUGAUACAACAGAAGUAUACUUUAGAAUUGUUAAGUAAAGAACAAAUGCUUAAGUGUAAACCCUGUGAUACACCUGUUGCUAAGUGUAAAAGGUUCUCAAUUCAUGAUGGAGUGUUGUUAGAUGAUCCUUUAGAAUACAAAACAAUUGUGGGAAGUCUUCAGUAUUUAACAUAUACAAGUCCUGACAUUUGUUUUGGUGUAAACUAUGUUUCCCAAUUUAUGCAUGCCCUAACUGAUCAACAUAUAUUAUUAGUCAAGAAGAUUUUAAGAUAUCUUAAAGGAACUAUAUGUGCUGGUAUUUCUCUGCAGAAGGGGGAUAUUCAUUCUCUGUUAGCAUACACUGAUUCAGAGUGGGCUGGUUGCCCAGAUACAAGAAGGUCAACCUCUGGUUAUGUGGUAUUCAUGGUCACUUCUGUUAUUUCUUGGUCUUCAAAGACACAACCUACAUUUUUUAGAAGUUCAGCUGAAGUAGAAUAUAAAUGCCUCAUUUUAUCUGUUGGAGAGUUACAGUGGCUUACUUACAUUAUGACCAAGCAUGUGGAAGUAAAUUAUCAUACAAUAAGGGAAGUAGUUGGAGAUGGAUCUCUCAGGGUUGUUCAUGUUAUUUAUGAAGAGCAGUUGGCAGAUGUCUUCACUAAAGGGAUGUGUUAUCCCACAUUCACAAGAUUAUUGUCUGGUUUACUUCAUUUCCCUGCUACAACUGCUGAUGCUUCUUCUGCAAAUACUACUACUUCUACAACUUCAGUUGCUGAUGCUGAUUGA